UCUCAUUUGAAGUUAAUAAAUUUUAUUUAGAUCAUCUAAUUCCUUAUAUCCUUAUAUCGAUUUUAAAAUCUUAAACAGUAAUAUCAAUUUAAAAUGGCUUGUUUCGCAAAAGUUAAGUGUUUCGUUUCCUCCUUCGUUGUGGCUUAUAUCAUCUAUUUGCUUACUUAUAAGUGUCACAACUUGAAUGAAUCUGCUAUCGAGCAUGGCGUUAAAUCCGUCUUCCAUCCUUUGUCUCAUACUCACAACCAAGCUUGUGAUAAAUUAAACCAAGGUGUUAACUUCUUGCAACCAUACUUGUCCUCUGCUCAAUCCACCAUUCAAUCCCAUGCUUUGUACAAGCAGUAUGCAGUUCAAGAUAAGGUUGAUACCGUAUCUACUUAUUACGCCACUUAUGCCGAAAAGUACGUUAUUCAAUUAUUCAAGUUAAUUGAAACUUAUGAAGUCAUUGUUGCUACUUAUGUGAUUUCUCUUUGGGCUAAGAUUCAACAUUUGUAUGCUACUGAAGUUGCCCCAAAGGUCAAGCUUGCUUAAGUCUUUAUAUGACUAUUAUUUAAGUAUUAAUGUAUUUAUGUUUUGAUUUAUUUAACAAUGUAACUAUUAUUAUCACUAUAUAUAUAUAUAUUUAU